CUGCUGGUCAAGUGAGCGACAAAGGACUUCAGGCAAGCUCCAAAGAACAGACAUGGGGAUACUUUAUUCAGAGCCCAUUUGCCAGGCAGCUUAUGAUAAUGACUUCAAUCAAGUUCAACUGCUGCUGGAAGAGGAUAGCAAUUUUUUAAACAUUCAAGACAGCUGGGGUGGAGACACACCCCUAAUCUGUGCCUGCAGACGGGGACACAACAGAAUAGUCAGUUACCUUUUGAAAUGGAACGCUGAUGUGAACAUCAGAAACAAGAAAGACCGCACAUGUUUGCAUUAUGCUGUGAGAAAACGGUUUAGUUUCCUUGACUACCUGCUCAUUAUCAUCCUAAUGCCCAUUCUGCUUAUUGGCUAUCUUAUCAUGGUAUCAAAAACUAAGCAGAAUGAAAACCUAAUCAAGAUGUUACUUCGAGCUGGCACAGAUGUUAAUGCUACAGACUAUUCUGGUAGCACAGCCCUUCACUAUGCCUGUGAAAUGAAAAAUCAGUCAGUUGUUCCUCUACUACUUGAAGCCCAUGCAGACCCUUCUAUAAAGAAUAAGAAUGGGGAAUCUCCACUGGAUAUAGCGAGAAGAUUAAAGUUCACCAACAUUGAAUAUGUGUUAAAGAAGGCAUCCUAGUCCUUAAAGGGAUG